UUACCAACUAUCGAGAAAACAUCGGAUAUAACAUAAUAGCCAAAAGAGGCCAGGAGGUCUGAACAACGAUUUCAACUUAUGGCUGAGAGCUCAAAUUCCCCAGCAGAUUCAUCGCCUUCGUUUUUCCGGGGGCAUUGGGAAGGUUGGAAAGGCUAUUGGGGCGAGAAAUUUGCCUUCCUCGAUAAUUACAGCAAGUUUGUUAAACGCGAAAAGCCGAUACCCUCAUGGUCUGAUUCCGAUGUUGAGGAAUUCAUCGCUUCCGAAUCGGUUCACGGCCCAACUCUGAAGACUGCAAGGGAAGCAGUAAAAUUUGCUGCAACAGGAAGUAUUAUUGGAGCAAUUUCAACUGCUGGAAUUGCUUGGAAGUAUUCUAGGAGUCCUCAUGGUGCUGCCUUGUCCUUCGGAGCUGGAGCCGUCUUUGGUUGGACCUUUGGACAGGAAAUUGCAAACCACUGGCUACAACUGUACAGGUUGGAUACCAUGGUUGCUCAGGUCAAGUUCAUGGACUGGUGGGUGAACAAAACUGAGAGUCAGUGAUAGAUUCAUAGGGUCGGGUCCUUUAUCCUCUCCCAAUAAGAAAACCAUGUGGUGGUGACCAAGAAACUGUGAGACAGC